AUGACGGGGACGUGCGUUCACGAGUUACGGCACGCCGACGCCGGCGGCGUCGUCGCGUCGCUGUCGUUUUCGCCCUCCGGAAGCCUCCUCCUCUCCACGGGCGCGGACCCGGACGGCGCGGUCAGGGUGUGGGACGUCGCCACCGGCGGGCUCGUCGCCGCGGCGACGUGCGACGCGCCGGUCGCCGCGAGCGCGUGGCUGCCGCGGGGCGCGAAGACGGCGUUCGUCACCGCCGGCGCCGACGGCGUGAAGUGCUGGCGAGUGAGCGUCGUCGAGGAGGACGCCGACGAAUCAGACGCCGCCACGUCGGACGGCGACGACGAUUCGAGCGACGAAGCGUCGCGGAAAACGGCGCCGCCGAAUACGAAGUACGUCGUCGCGGACCCGGUGCCGUUCCCGUUCGACGCCGCGUCCGACGCGGCGUCCGUCUCGGAGCUGACGUCGACGGGCGACCCCGUGUGCACGGCGUUGUGCGUCGCGGAAAACGGCGCGGUCUACACGGGGGACUCGCGCGGGAGGGUCUGGCGCGCGGCGCCCGUAGACGACUUGGACGCGUCGUCCGCGCCCGCGCUCGCGCUGUGCGCGAAAGCGCUGCCGGAGCUCGAGGCGGUGACCGCGCUCGCGUGCGUCGGCGCGACGGGCGCGAAGUUGUUCGUCGGGUCGAGCAAACGCGCGCGGGUGUGGGAGCACGCGAUGCGUGGGAAGGGGUGGGAUGAAGUCGGCGAGCUCGAGCUGGACGGCGCGGUCGUCACUGCCGCGUUCUCGGGCGGCGCGGCGGAGUCGUCGGAGUAUGAACCGUCGCGCGACUGCGACGGCUCGGAUUCCUCCUCGUCUCUCCCGGGAAAGCCGGUUGGCAUCGUGACGACGUCGGCGGGGAGCGCGUGGCUCGUGGACGUCUCCACGGGCACCGCGCGCGCGCUCGCGCAGGCGCACCCCAGGGCGAUCGCGUCCGUGUCCCUGAGCGCGAUCGGCUCGCGCGUCGCGCUCGCGACCGUGGACGUCGACGGCGCCGCGCGCGUGUGGGACGCGGAGAGCAGCGCGAAGGUGAUCGAAGUCUUCUCGGAGGAAAAGAACGAAAAGAAGCCGACGCGCGCGAGCGUCGUCGCGACGUCCCCGAACGGCGGGCACGUGUGCCUGGGGUGCGAGGACGGGUCCAUCGGCGUCGUCCGCGUCGGUUCGGAUUCCCGCCCGGGAGGAUCGAGGCGAAGAUCAGAAUCGAGAUCGUCGUCCGUCUCGGGUCCGGUGAAGAGGGUGCGCGCGCACGCGAGCGAUUCCGGCGGCGUCGUGUGCGUCGCGUUCGUUCCCCCCGCGCUCGUCGCCCCGAAGGGCAUCGACCUCACGCCGCUGCUGUCCGUCGCCAGAGACGGCACGAUCGCGGUGACGCAGACGCACGUCGCGGAGGCGGACGCGGCGAGCUUCGUGCCGAGCUCGCUCGUCCGCGUCGUCGAGAACGACCGCGGCGGAGGUGAGACUGCUUCCCAUACGACCCCGUUCGCGUGGUGCACGCCGUUCCUUAAGAAGGACUUUUCCCGUCGUCACUCUUCACCCCCCGCGCUUCCCUUUCAACCUUUGUUUGACCGGUAA